GACUCCCAGAGGAAGAUCACGAAGGUCGAAACACGUUGGACAGCAUACAGAACAAUUUGGGAUUCAGUACGAGUGCACAGCUCAAAGAAGAACAGCGCGGUUUCACACCUCCACAUCAACCCAGUCACGUGACCCGGAAUCCCGGAAGCUACUGGUUGCCAGGCGACAGGAGAUGAAAUAAGCCUGGGGAGUACGCGGUGGACGGCGGAGGGGAAAGGAAAGGUCAUCUAGAUAUUAUCUAGAUAUUGGCUCCACAUUUAUUGACGUUACAUCCUGGUAUGUCGCUGUUCCUCAAAAAAUCAUUAUCAGAGGAAGAAUUUGAUGACAACUUUAACAGUGUGGAAUGGGGGAAGAAAACUUUGGUAUGCUUUGGCGUGGAGGACCAGCCACCACUGUGGAAACUUUGGGGUUAUGCAUACAACGAUCCGCAAGUUGAACAUGCUGAAUUAAUUAUUUUACGUGAACUCUCCAAAUUUGUGGAUUCAAAUCAUUCAAAAAAGGAUUUACAGUAUAAAGUCACCUUAUAUACAAACUACAGCCCCUGUCUACCAUGCUCUGAAAAAAUGAUCAUGUUUCUCAAUAAAUUCAAAGGCAAAAUGAUCAUGAAUUUAAACAUUUCCAAAUUGUAUAAAUUUCAUGAUUACGACAAUAAAAGAGCCUUACAAAUUCUGAAAAACUCUGGAGUGGUAAUUAAAAUUAUGGAUCUGGAGGAAUAUAAAGAGUGUUUCUAUCUCUUUGUAAAUCCAGCAGAGAGAUUCCAACCUUGUGAAGAGUUAGACAUCCAAAGUCAGCAAAACAAACUUGAACUUGAGGAUCUUUGGAGUGAGGAAUUUGAUAACUACAUUUUCAAAACAAAUGAAAACUCAACACCUUUUGGGUCUGAGGAACAGUUUACAGGUUACAGCAACAAAGCUUUUAGGCGUGAUAUCGCAACACCGAAGAGGAAUGAGCAUGGGAAGGAAACACAGACAGAAACUCCAAUGAAGUUACAGCCAAUAAAAGAUAAGGAGCAGCAAAGAGGAUUUAAGCGAAAGCUUUUAUUUGACUAACCAAAUUCUUUUCCAUAGACAUUUACUAUAUUUACCUACUGUAAUACACCAUUGUUUUUAACUAUUGUUCUCAUUGAGAGAUCAAGAAAUACACAUUAGGUUCUCAAACUUUUUUGAAACAUGACACCCUAGAGCAGGGGUGGCCAAUCAGUCGAUCGCGAUCCGCCGCCCAGCCACCCGAAGCCGCGCCUCUCCUGCCUGCCGCUCUGCCUCCUCAGUGACGGCAGAGUGUAUAGCUCAAAUCAGGUGCCGGUUCGUUAGCCAAUGAGAGCUCGCGGACCGGCGCCUGAUUUGAGCUAUACACGCUGCCGUCACCGCCGUAGAUUAGACUGAGAAGCAGGGCGGAAGACAGGAGAAGCGCGCGCUGCGCUGCGCUCUCCAUUCCGGUGAGCUCUACUAUGGAGGCAUAUCUGGCAUUGUGGGCACAUGGCUCAGUGGGGGCAUAUCUGGCAAUGUGGGGCAUAUCUGGCACUGUGGGGUCAUAUGUGGCACUGGGGGCAUAUCUGGCUCUGCGGGCACAUGGCACUGUGGGGGCAUAUCUGGCACUGUGGGGGCAUAUCUGGCACUGUGGGUACAUGGCACUGUGGGGCAUAUCUGUAAUCUGGCGCUGUGGGGGCAUAUCUGGCACUGUGGGCACAUGGCACUGUGGGGGCAUAUCUGUAUCUGGCACUGUGGGGGCAUAUCUGGCACUGUGGGCACAUGGCACUGUGAGGGCAUAUCUGGCACUGUGGGCACAUGGCACUGUGGGGGAAUAUCUGGCACUGUGGGGGCAUAUCUGGCACUGUCGGCACAUGGCACUGUGGGGGCAUAUCUGUAAUCUGGCGCUGUGGGGGCAUAUCUGGCACUGUGGGCACAUGGCACUGUGAGGGCAUAUCUGGCACUGUGGGGGCAUAUCUGGCACUGUGGGGGCAUAUCUGUAAUCUGGCACUGUGGGGGCAUAUCUGGCACUGUGGGCACAUGGCACUGUGGGGGCAUAUCUGUAUCUGGCACUGUGGGGGCAUAUCUGGCACUGUGGGCACAUGGCACUGUGGGGGCAUGUGUAUCUGGCACUGUGGGGGCAUAUGUGUUUGAGGUUUUUACCUGUGGGUUCCAAUGUGUUAUUUCGUGUGAGGCAGUCAUUACACUCUGCGCAGCAAGGCUACGUCCCUUUUUUUGUUAUACCACGCCCACUUUUUGUUAUACCAUGCCCAUUUUUGUUAUGCCACGCCCCUUUUUUUGCGCACACGCCUGCGGCGCGCGCUAUUUUUCCUCCUAGAUAGAUCACAAAAGCUUUUUAGCUUUCAAAGUAGAUCGCCAACUCCAAAAGUCUGGCCGCCCCUGCCCUAGAGUAUCAGGUUUUUUUCACUGCACCCCUAGGGCAAAUUUUUCUUAUUGAGAUAUUUAGAAAUAAAUAUUACAUUAAUUUCAA